GUGGACCAAUGAGAGAUGUCCGUUUCUGAAAACCCGGAAACAGGCUUCCCCCCCUCUGGCGGCUUGUUGUGUUGACGCUGCGGAUUCUGCGGCUGUUUGUUGUUUUCUGACGCGUCUCUGUCGUUUAUCAAUGGAAAGUGAGAAAACGCGUCUGUGUCCGUGAUCAGAGCUUCAUGUCCACCGCUUCUCCAGGUUCGUUCCAGUCACUGUGGUCGAACUGUGCUGAGCUUCUCCCAGUCCGUCCAUGGCUGAUCAGCAUGAGUCCAUCGAUCUCAUGUCUCCCCCGGUGGACCCAUCCGCAGCCGCAGGACACAGCUGGUUCCCUGGACCCCCUCCGCCCAUCUACUCCUGCACCCUGACCCCUGAGCUGGUGGCCAAGGCACGGGAGGAGCUACAGGAGAAACCAGAGUGGCGUCUCCGGGAUGUGCAGGCACUGAGAGACAUGAUACUGAAGGAACAGCCAAAUCUCAGGACGAGGCUGGACGACUCCUUCCUCCUACGAUUCCUGCGGGCCAGGAAGUUCGACUAUGACCGUGCGCUGCAGCUGCUGCUCAAUUACCACUCAGGUCGUAAAGCCUGGCCAGAGGUGUUCCAGGAUCUGAAGCCAUCCACAGUGAAGCACGUCCUGGACCUGGGCUUUCUAACGGUCCUGCCCCGGCCGGAACCCAACGGACGAUACAUCCUUUGUCUCCGGCCAGGAAAGUGGAAACCAAACGAUUAUCCAUUUGUUGACAACGUGAGGGCCAUUUAUCUGACGCUGGAGAAGCUGAUCCAGCCCGAGGAGACGCAGGUGAACGGUAUUGUCAUCUUGGCCGACUACACUGGUGUGGGCAUGUCGCAGGCGUCCAAUCCAGGCCCAUUCCUCGCCAAAAAGGUUGUGAGCAUCCUCCAGGAUGGAUUUCCAAUCAGGAUCAAGGCCGUUAACAUCAUUAACGAGCCGAGGAUUUUCAAAGGCAUCUUCGCUAUAAUUAAACCGUUUCUGAAGGAGAAGAUGGCAGAGAGGUACAUCCUCCACGGCUCAGACCUGCGCUCUCUGCACCGGAACAUCCCCCGCUCGGUUCUGCCGGAGGAGUACGGCGGCACCGCGGGCCAGCUGGACAUGUGCGCGUGGUCCAGGCUGCUGCUGGACUGUGAGGAGGAGUUCAUAGUGGAGUUUUGUCAGCCAGAUCCACUAGAGGGUGUGGUGCUCCCAGACUCCAUGUUAUUUGAAGGCGAGCAGAGCAGCGGGCAGGACGACGACACCUUCAGGGGGCUGCGCUCGCAACUCUACUACUGCUACUGAUGCACGCUGCAGCUGUGUAGGCUCCCGUCACUGAGAGGACAGUUUAUGUUUCGUUUGAAACAUAUUGACAGGGCAAUAUUCCACAUGAUUUAUUUUACUAACAAAGCAGCACUACUUUAGGCAGAUUCUCUGAUGUUCAUGUAGCCCAACGAUCAAUCAUGUUUCCAAGGCAGCUGCAGACUCAGGCAAGAGGCCUUUGACAUAAGCUGAUGCAUUUAGAGACGUUUUAUGGACGUUAUUGUUUCAUUGGCCUCUAUGGAUUAAUUUACAGUAUUUACAAAUUAUUUUAACAGUCAGGUGCCCGUAUGUGUAUU